UACAACACAUCCCAGAGAUAGUAAGUACUGUCGCUCCACAAGUCACGCUGAAUGCAGACACAGUUCAUCUCCAAUGUUCACCCAUUUACUGUUGUGAAAAGCCAGGACCUACCGCGAGUUUCAACUGUUCCGUUCUACUCAAAAUCUAUAUCCAGUAUCACAAAUGGGCGGUUGGCUCAGCUACCUCUGGUGGGGCGGCGCGCCGGACGUGGCGGACCCUGUCUCGGGGCUCAGCCGGCGGGACAUCUACGCGGUGCAGAAGUCGUGGGCCCCAGUCUACAACGACAGUGUGGGGAAUGGCACAGAACUACUCAAAAGGCUAUUCCGAACGUAUCCAGACACCAAGGAGUUCUUCCGAAUGAUCCGGAACGUUCCAGAAGAGGAGUACAUCUCGAACCCGCAGUUCAAGGCGCACGUCAUCAACCUGAUGUCGUCGCUGAACAUGGCCAUCAGCUGCCUGCACCAGCCGGAGGUCGUGGUCGCCAUGAUGCACAAGAUCGGAGAGUCGCACAACAGGAGGCACAUACAGGAGAAACAUUUUAAUGAGCUGACCGACGUGAUCGUGACGAUGUUCACGGAGGUGCUGCACCUGGACGAGGCCACGCUGGCCUCCUGGGGCCGGACCGUCGCCUUCUGGUACAAGGCCAUCUUCGACAAACUCGACAAAACGAACGACACGCGGUAACAUCGCGUUCAGAAUCGCGAACACGUAUAGAAUAGGGACGCGGAUUUUGAAAGAGGAACAGUGAAUUGAAAAAGCGAUUGGCUUUUCUGUUUAAGUGGUCGCUUUUGUGGUUUAGAUAAUUUUAUGUAUUUAAUUUUAUGUUGUACGGACGAAUUAUUUUACAAUAAUGAAACUAUAUUUCUUACCAAAGUUAGAUGUUAUUAGUAAACAGCAUUUUAAAUUUUAUACCAAAUACUUUACAAUUUAGAGUAGAUAUUUUAGCUCUACCUAGUUUUUAGAUGUUAGAUAAUACUAAUAUUGACGCUGUUUUGUUUGUAUUAUAGUUACAUGCAUAACUAUGUAAGUAGGUACCUAAGUGAAUUUUAUUUCAUUUUCUAAUCUCAAUAUUGUAAUUAUUGUAAGAACAUAUUAUAAUUUUGUUACGGAAUUAAAUAGGUACACUUCUUAAUGUGUAUUUGUGUACUACCUUCCUGGUAAUUUAUUGUAAUCAUAGUAGGUUGGUCAUAGCCAUAAAUAUGACGUUAUUUUAUCACCCAAUACGAUAUUCCCGUC